ACUUAUACUUAAGCGUCGCUGCGUUCCUUGAAGAUUUCAUCGCAAAAUUCACUGAUUGCGUCAUCCCAAUUUCGUCUCGUUAGAAUACCCGUACCGGUUCUUGUUCAUAUAAAGCAAUCAUGAGCUCUCUCGGAAACAUUGCUCUGGUCCUCGGUGCCCUCACCGCUGGAGGUGGUAUUACCGGAUAUGUGAGGACUGGAUCUGUACCUUCAAUCGCAGCUGGUUGCACCGUCGGCUUACUGUACAUCCUCGGUGGUCUUCGUGUCAACAGCCGUGCUGCCUACGGCGUUGAGCUCGCUCUUCUCGCCUCCAUCAUCUUGGCUGGUAGCUCUAUCCCGCGCGCAAUCAGGUCUGGAAAGCCGCUCCCCAUUGGAUUGAGUAUUCUGGCGACUUUUGGCCUCUGGACUUUUGGAAAUGCUUUUAUGAGCAAGCGUGCUUGAUCUGGGAAAGUCAGUCUGGAAGUUUGAUGAAUCUCGGGAUUUUCGAUGGGAUUUCUUGUUCUAUAUACAAAUUCCACAGGCCGCAACAGUAAAUAGAAUCGCAAAUGUACUCCUUCA